CCGCACAGUGGGAACGCAGGGUGCCCGGGAGGCGGCUCCCGCGCUCCCUACACAGUCGCACUCCGCGCGCUCGCACACUUGGAAGCGCCUCCCCACGGCCCUCCCCUGCCCUGCUCUCGCUCUGCUCUCCGCUCUCUCACCACAAAUAGUCGCCGACCGACUGCCAAUGCGCCUCUCUCUCUCUCUCUCUCUCUCAACAACAUGACUGACUGGGAAGCGGUGGCUCAGGCAGAGCGGCUCUGCUGGCGCAGGCGAGAGAAGCAGGAGGAUUAUUAAAUAACGCAGCUGGACUCUGUGCAACUGGGAGUGGAGAGAAGGAACCCCCCCCAGCCGAGAAGGGGAGGGAGGGCAGAGGACGGGGUCCAGGAAAGACACCCCAGUGCCCCGAAGACCUAAACCCCGGAGUGCCCGGGAAGAGCCUUAACAGGCGGUGCGGAGCCCUCAAGGCUGCUAAGUUGGAUAUCACAGUGCAAGCUUUGGGUUCCCAAUGGGGGACUCGGGAUCAAGACGAUCUACCCUGGUCUCCCGGUUGCCAAUAUUCAGAAGAAGUAUUAGCAGAAGACAUGAUUCUCUUCCUUCUUCACCCUCUUCCAGUAACACAGCUGGUGUCCACAGUUCCUCUCCUUCCAGCACUAACUCAAGCUCAGGUAGUACAGGUAAACGUAGGAGCAUAUUCCGUACUCCUUCCAUUAGCUUCCACCAUAAGAAGGGGAGUGAACCUAAGCAAGAACCUACCAAUCAGAACCUUAGUAUUUCAAAUGGUGCUCAACCUGGUCACAGCAGUAUGCAAAAACUGAGUUUGGAAGAACAUAUUAAAAUCAGAGGAAGACAUUCUGUUGGUUUUAGUAGUUCACGAAAUAAGAAGAUAACAAGAUCUUUGACAGAGGAUUUUGAAAGGGAAAAGGAACACUCAACUAAUAAGAAUGUCUUUAUAAAUUGCCUAAGUUCCGGCAAAAGCGAGGGGGAUGAUUCUGGAUUCACAGAAGAACAAACUCGUCGUUCUGUUAAGCAGUCAACAAAAAAGCUGCUUACUAAAUCUUUUUCAUCUCACUAUAAAUUUUCUAAACCAGUUCCACAGAGCCAAUCUAUUUCAUUGGAUCAACAGUCUGAAUUCUCAUUGGAAACUACACAGUACCAAGACAGAGAACCUGAAUUAGUAAGAGCUUCUCCAUCUUGUUCUGUGGAUGUGACAGAACGGGCAGGAAGCUCUUUACAAUCUCCCUUGCUUUCUGCUGAUCUUACCACAGCUCAGACACCUUCAGAGUUUUUAGCCUUGACUGAAGAUUCUGUGUCUGAAGCAGACGCAUUUUCUAAAAGUGGAAGCAUGGCAUCCCACUGCGACAACUUUGGCCACAAUGAUUCUACCUCUCAGGUCUCUCCCAGUCCUGCUGCUGUUACAAAGGCAACAAUAGACCCUAUGGGAACUGUUUCCUGUGCAAUUAUGUCUCCUGGGAAAUAUAGGUUAGUAGGUCGUUGUAGCACUGAAUCUAAUUCCUUACCAGAAUCCUCUGCUGCUAAUCAGAAGGAAGUGUUAUUGCAAGUCACUGAACUCCCUGUUACCAAUGGGAGUGACUCAGAGACUCACCUAUCAGCAGAUACUCAAGGAGGAGAGCAUGUAGUCUUACAGAAUGGUGAUACAAUGUUGGUGACAAGCUCCCCGAGGAAACUCGGAUUUUAUGACCAACAUAAAGCAAUAGCUGAACGUGUUAAAGGGAUCCAUCCUGUAUCAGACUCGAGAAUAAUACCUUCUUCUGGGGAUCAUCAUAUUUUUAACAAAACGUGUGGAUAUGAUGCAAAUCCUGCCAAAGUUCUUGCCAGUAGCCUCAGUCCAUAUCGUGAAGGAAGAUUUAUAGAGAGACGACUGCGGUCCUCAUCAGAAGGAACUGCAGGGAGUAGCAGAAUGAUUUUGAAAACAAAAGAUGGAAAUGCAGAAGAAGUUAAUAGUCUAAGAAAGCAAAGAGCAGGUUCAUCGUCUUCAAAAAUGAACAGCAUGGAUGUUUUAAAUAAUUUGGGAUCAUGUGAACUGGAUGAAGAUGAUCUAAUGCUUGAUCUAGAAUUAUUAGAGGAGCAGAAUCUUCAUCCUUCUGUUUGCCGGGAGGAUUCAUACCACUCUGUAGUCUCAUGUGCUGCUGUAGUUCUCACUCCCAUGGAGCCAACGGUGGAGAUGAAGAAAAGGGAAGAACUAAAGUUCCCUGAACCUUCCAAACAGAACCUUUCACUGAAAUUAACAAGAGACAUCGAUCAGGAAGCCAGGUGCUCCCACGUUAGCCGCAUGCCCAGCAGUCCAUCAGCAGAUUGGCCCCUGCAAGGUGUGGAAGAGAAUGGAGGCAUAGAUUCUCUGCCUUUCAGACUGAUGCUACAGGACUGCACAGCUGUCAAGACAUUAUUAUUAAAGAUGAAGAGAGUUCUGCAAGAGAGUGCAGAUAUGAGCCCGGCGAGCAGCACCGCUUCACUUCCUGUUAGUCCUCUUGCGGAAGAGCCAUUGCCGUUCAAGGAUAUAAUGAAAGAUGAAUGCUCAGUGUUGAGGCUGCAGCUGAAAGAGAGGGAUGAACUCAUUUCCCAACUUCAGGAAGAGCUGGAAAAGGUAAAGCACUUACAGAAGGCUUUUGCUUCAAGAGUAGAUAAAUCCACACAGACUGAAGUUCUAGGCUAUGAUGGUUUGAACCUGAAAAGACUGGAGGCAGUACAAGGAGGGAGAGAGGCUACAUAUCGAAAUCGAAUUGUGAGCCAAAGUCUCAGCACAAGGGACAGAAGAGCAAUCCAUACACCCACCGAGGACCGUUUUAGAUACUCGUCAGCUGACCAGACAAGCCCCUACAAAAGCAAGACCUGUCAACUAUCGAGUCUAUGUUUAAGUAGUUUCUUGAAGGACAAGGAGCUAUCAGAAGUUAUAAAACACUCAAGAGGAACUUACGAAACCCUCACUUCAGAAGUCACCCAGAAUUUAAGGUCCACUGUUGGGCAGAACUCUCUGAAGCCAACAGCUAAGGCUGAAGGGCUCGCCACCUUCUCAGAGAAACCAAAGGACCAAGCGGCUGUGGCCCGACAGCAUUCAACCUUCACAGGCAGGUUUGGACAGCCACCGAGGGGGCCAAUCUCUUUACACAUGUACAGCAGAAAGAAUGUUUUCCUCCAUCACAAUUUACACACCACUGAGCUGCAGACUCUAGGCCAGCAGGAUGGGUAAUUAAAUCACCCUAUUCUUGGCUCUGGGUAGGAUAAGAUGGUCAGUGUUUCUCCUUCAUAGAUCAUUUAAAUUGUCAUGUACUUCUUACUACUUUUUAUUUUUUUGUUACAAAGAAUUGUGCACUUUUUUUUUAGAAUAAGGGUCCAAGCAUGUUAAUUGAAAUAGGUUUGAUAGCCUUGAAGACUUUAUUAUAUGUAUAAUAAGUGGGGCCAUCUUGCAGGUUUAUACAGCUCAUAAUUUAUUUUGUCUUUAUCAAUCACUGAUAUCCACUGAAGUUCCGGAAAGUAAUAUCAAAGAGCGCUUUGCUCACUGAAUGGUGUUACUGUGAAAGUAGAUGUGAGGAACAAGUAGGUGAAGGAAUUGUAAAGAAUUUUAAAUGACAUAAUUGAUAGAAGGUGAAGAGAAGAUGUAUUUUAAAGUAUUCUGUUUGGUGGUGUAUUCAUUUGAAGAAUGAAGUUUGCUUGCAUGUAACCUAGAGAUACCUCUGUCUCUCUGUUGCAUACAUUCAAGCUUAUCUCACCAUACAAUAAAGGAGAGAAAGCUAUUUCUUUGACCUCCAAAUGUAUAGCUCACACUAGCUCACAAAGGAUUUUAGACUGAGUAAUUGCUAGCUGAAUACAGAAUGUCAGCUCCGAUCUUCAAAAAAUGUUGUUUUUAGUUUUUGUUAUUGACAUUGAAGAACCAAGACAUAACACAGUGAGGUGGUAAUGUUGGCUAAAGCUGGUCAGAUGAUGCAUUAAGCAUGAUACACUUGCUCUUUGCAUCAUGGCAAUAUCAGAAUAUUUUUAGAAGUUUUAUGGAUGGAACAUUCUAAGAAAAUUAUUUUACUUCACUUUCCUUGUAUUUUUAAAAUUUUCAAUUAUUUCUAUGUAUAUUCAACUUCACCCUAUAUACAUCAACCCAUACAUGAUGAGUUGAGGAACAGAAAGUCAGUUUCUAGGUAGCCCCUUACACAAUAUUCUGACUAUUUAGUCAUCUAGAUAUGGAAGAAAAAGUCAAAAAUGUGAACUUUGGCAAUUUGAUUUUAGAAAUACAUCUCUAACAGGAGUAUUUAAAACUCAUUUGAUGAGGUCUAUUAUGUUUUACACUUAAGUGCACGUGAGAUUGAUCAAUAAAUCUAAACAAUUUCUUUAUGGCUAAUUAGUACCAGAGCUGGAUGCAGCUAUAGAAAUAAAUACAUACAUACAUACAUAAAUAUAUAAAUAAAUAAUAAACAAACAAAUAAAUAAGUAACAACCAGUAGGAAUAAUGGCUGCAAAUUUCUUAUACGAAUAUAAAAGUUAAUAAAAGUCUCCACAUUAGGCAUUGUCCAUGCAAAUUGAAACUUGUCAUAUCUACUGCAUGAUCUGUUUUACUUGCAUUCUCUGACAGACAGAGCCCAUCAGCGUGUGCAAAUGAAAGAAAUAAAGGGAAAUUGAGAUAGCAGUUUUGAGCAUGGCAUCUUACUGACCUGCUUAAAUAUGUGGAAUGCAUCUCCUAAUAUAAAAUAUAUUUGAGCUCUAUGCUUUGGGUGAAAGUCAUCAGAUUCCUCCCCUAGCUUUAACUACUAAAUAUAGAAGACCUAUUUUCCAACUUUGAUCAGAAUUGACAAGAGUAUAGAGUCUAGUGCACAUGUUAUACUUGUAACUCUAAAGAUAGACACACGUGCAUCAAGAAAAAUGUUUGCCAAAUGUUUUCUUUGUGUCUUAGUAAUCCUGCCAGAAGAGAAUGAUACACACUACAAUUUGCUUGGCUUAAAUAAACUGCUAUCUAAAAUCUCCACUCUAGUUUAGAAGCUAUAACAUUUAUGCAGAUAUACAUUUUGGGCUGGGCAAUAUUUAAGACAUGAUAGAAAAACAGAAAAUUAUGAUUAUUAAUUGUGGAAUUCAGUUUUAUUUGUCUUGAAAAUUGAUAUAUGUUGCUACACUAUUUGAAUUCUGUAAAUAAAUUAGCAUGAUAAAACGGUCAAGGAUUUUUUUCUGAGGAUAUGGAAGAACUAUGUAUCACAAAUAAUGUUUUUGAUUUAGAUCUCUGGAGUUUAUAGUUUUGUUUUCCUGGAAGAUAGACUUUUGAAUUAUGCUUUGUAAAAAAUAAUGUACUUAAGAAAAUCUGUCAUUUAAUAGACAUUUUAAGAGAUGUUUUAAAACUAGUAUUUUCUUGAAAAACCUUUUUUAAAGCUGAAACAUUCAAAAAAGAAAACCUGGAUUAAACAAUUCAAUUUUUAAAGGAGGGAUAUUUUUUGGAAAUAUCAUCUUAAAGCUGUUUUGUACCAGUAUUUUCAGCAUUGUUACAAUAUUAUUUGUAAUACUAAGUGUGACUCAGGCCUGGAGAAGGUGUAAGCCCACCACGCUCAUGUACGCCAGGAACUGUACACAGGGCUCCUCUGUAAAUUUCUCUGGUGUACUGCAGUAACUCAAAACUCUGGCAUGUGGGCAUUCUUUCAGCAAACCGAUUUCUUUGUAUAAAAUCUCUAGUUUUCUAAGACAGUUCCAUGUACAAAAAUGAUUUAUACAUUUCUCCAAGGCAGUGCAUAUCCAAAGACAGGACAUGGGGGGUGGGGAGUGCUUGUUUUUCUGAUGGGAGCAGUUUCCUUUUCUUUCCCUUACUCUUUCUUCUGUGCAUGUGUAUGUGUCGCUAAGCCUAAGUAACCGUGUAAAAUUUCUGCUGCAAAUUGUCUCUUCUGAUUUUAAAAUGUGUUUUAAAGGACACUUAAGAAGAGAUAUCCUUGAGGAAAAGCUGUUUCUACCUGCAAUAAACUGCUCCCAUUUUUGUAAUUAUUGAAACAUGGAACUGUAUUUCUAUGAACUCAGUGAUUUUUUUCAAAUAAUUUUAUAUGCUAACAGAGUUACAGUGAAAUUUUGAAUUAUCUCUCAAUCUAUUUUUGCUUCUUUGGAGCAUCUUGGUCUGUGCAAAUGACACCAUGAAACUGUAGCUGCAGAGCUAAAGGUAUAACUCUACAAGUAUCAAUAUGCUCAGGGUAAGAACCUAGAGCCACACAUUGUUCAAGCUGUUUUUGUUAUUUAUUGAUUGAGGUAUAAAUAACUAGCAAGCCACUAAUCAAUAUUAAACAUUAAGGCAUGCCCACACUUAACUUAAAAUGUUUACAAAGAUUUUCAUGAUCAGUCUGGGUUAUGACCUAUGUUCUGGACUAUAUAGCCCAAGACUUAAUCCUUGCCCAUUGUCACUAUAUUUUGAGUGUUAACUGAAUUCAAAGUAAAUUUCACUGUUUUUUUUUGCCUUGUAUGUGUUUAACAGAGAUAAUACCUCCCCUGCAAAAAGUUAGUAUUUUUUAAUUAUGUAUUUAAGGACCACAUUCCCAUGAAAAAUGAUCACACUCCAUUAGUCCUCCCAAGAACUCUCUUAGAAACUUAGUUGAUGGAACAAUGAGUGGUUUAUUGAAUGACAAAUACUAUUUCUCCAUAUUUAUUACCACAUUCAUUAACACCUUUCUCAUGAUCAAGAAGUAGGUUUUCAUUACAGUGUGUAACUUGGAAUACUGGGCAUAAUCUUAUAAUCUCAAUUUUGUCUCACUUUUUCACUUUCUGAGUUUUACAUUCCAAGUAUCUGUAGCAGUAGGGAAGUGCACAAAAAAAGCCUUUACAACUCCACUGAGCCACAUGUAGAACAAAAUGCAAAAAGAAAGGUAACUAUAAAGGUGCAGUCUGUCAUUGCCAUCCAUAUGACUGAGUCUCACUCGUGGCCAGAAGCUUUGCCCUUGCUGAUGUGUCUGCUUAAAUGCAGCCCUGAUUAAUUUAUACCAGGAUGUUUACCACAUUGUGGGACUUCACUCUUUUAAGCCAUUAUUAUCAGGUCUUUUUAUCUAUUUUAACUUUCUUUUUGUAAGAAAUAGUUUAAUCACAUCAUAUUUUGGGGGAAUUUACAGCUCUUGGAAUUUAAACAUUCUUCUAGUCCCUCCCCCCACCAUGUUCUUACUCUGUCAGGCCAACUCUAGGCUAUAUAUAUAAAGAUAUGGCAAGGAUGAUAGCAAAUAUGAGCUAGUGUGGAUUCUUGUAAAAAAAUGAAUUACACUGUAGUAUAAAAGCAAACAGCCAACUAUCAGCCAUACAAACAAUCCCACUUUUCUCACAAGGUACAUUAUUGAUGCCAAAUUUUUGUUUUUCAAAUAUUAAUCUGGGCCAAGACCUUUCACCAAUAGUUAGAUAUAUCAAUGAACUGUUUAUUUAUAAUCAAUCUGAUCUUCCUCAAAACCCAGUUGCAGUUCCAAGUAAUGGAGC